AUGGGUGGCGGCCUAGACCUCUCCAAGCGGCUUCGUCUCCGAGAACUCCUGCCUGAGCUCUACAUGGGCAGAUGGCAGCCAGGUCAUCUAAACUCCAUUACCGAUGUCCCGGGCGUCCUCGUUCACACCGAGUCAAUCCAGCCUGACCAGGAUGUCAACACUGGAGUCACCACUAUUCUUCCCCGAGCAGACUGGUUCGACUACUCAUGUCACGCUGCCAUCUUCAAGUUCAAUGGCUCUGGGGAGAUGACGGGAUCUCACUGGAUUGAGGAGUCGGGCACCUUAACGUCACCGAUUAUCCUGACGACAAACUCAUCGAUUGGAGAUGCCUUUCGAGGCGUGUACGAUUAUGCGACCAAGUAUCAUGCAACCAAGGAGGGGGAUGUGAACCUUUUUGCGUUCCCUGUUGUGACUGAGACAUAUGAUGGAUACCUCAACAAGCAAACCCGCUUUGCGUUGACCCCAGAUCACGUUGUCCGGGGCAUUCGCAAUGCGUCGGCUGAUGCGGUGCCGGAAGGAUGCACUGGAGGCGGCACGGGGAUGAUAUGCCAUCGGUUCAAGGGAGGUACGGGGUCCAGCAGCCGUAUCGUACCUGGCAUAGACAGCAAAGGAAACGCGAAGGACUAUACCGUCGGUGUACUCGUUCAAGCCAACUAUGGACUUAAGGAAGACCUUCACAUUGGCGGUGUCCCAGUUGGAAGAAUCCUGAUAUCAGAAGCCCAAACGCCUUGCUCGUCAGAAGCGCCCGCCAUCCACGGGCCUCACGUCGACGGUAGUAUCAUUAUCAUCAUCGGCACAGAUAUUCCCCUGCUUCCAGUUCAACUUGAGCGACUUGCCAAGCGCGCCACUGUAGGACUGUCACGCGUCGGCGGCUAUGGCAGCAAUGGUUCGGGCGAUAUCUUCCUGGCCUUUUCUACAGCGGCCAAGAUUCCCAUGCAACGUCUCGAAGGCGGAGAUCUAGACCCCUUCAAGCCCACGUCUUUCGAGGUGGGGACAGUGCACAAUGAGACCAUCAAUGGCGCGUUUGAGGCUGUUGCUGACGCGACCGAGGAAGCCAUUUGCAAUGCUCUAUGUAUGGCAACGACUAUGACUGGAUACAAAGGGCGCACUGUCGAGGCAUUAGAUCUCAACAAGGUUAGAGAGAUAGUGACGAAGCGACUGUGA